AUGCUGAUACGAAAAAUCAGCGGAUUUGGCGGAGGAGCCACGGCGCUCGCGAAAGUGGUCCCCAGUAAUCUGAAAGGAAAAAGCAAAAGCUCACAAGAAUGGCUCACCCGCCAGCUAAGGGAUCCGUUCGUCGAGCGAGCCAAGAUGAUGAAUUACCGCUGUCGCAGCGCAUUCAAGCUCCUUGAAAUUGACCAAAAAUAUGGUCUCAUCAAACCAGGCCGAACGGUGAUCGAUUGCGGUGCGGCUCCCGGUUCUUGGACACAGAUUGCUGUAAAACAGUCGAAUGCCGAUGGAGGGAUGGGCCCCCAAAAGCGUCCAGGGAUGGUGAUCGGUGUAGAUCUGUUGCAGAUUUAUCCGAUCGAACACGCAAUCCUGUUUGGUAAUAGCGAUUUUUUACGCAAAGAAACACAAGACAAAAUACGCUCCGCGUUGGGUGAACGGCGCGUCGACUGUGUCCUGUCCGAUAUGGCCCCAAAUGCCACGGGGAUACGAUCGCUCGAUCAGGAAAACAUCACUACGCUCUGCUACUCCGUGUUGCGCUUUGCGUUACUGAUGUCUUCGCCGAACGCUUCGCUGGUGAUGAAGGUGUGGGACAACGGAGAUGUACCGAAGCUGGAAAAAAGUGUCAGCGAGUACUACGGAUCGGUGAAGCGAGUAAAACCGCGGGCGAGCCGGGACGACUCAUCGGAACACUUCAUCGUGGCACGGCAAUUCCGGGGAAUCGAAGUGGAUGCAAAUCGUCCCCUCGAUAGUUCCGGUUCCAAAAUGUAG